GUAGACGAUCUGGGUUGAUUAGUGAUGCCUGGAUGAGCACAGACCACGCUGCAACAGAAAUGGACGCCUUCGACUUGUUUCGGAAACUCGGAGCUGGAGCUAAAUUUGACUUGAAGAGGUUUGGUCAAGACGCCGCUCGAUUUAAGGUUGUCAGGUCUCACGGAGAGCAGGCGUCCUCAGAUCUUCUCUCUGGAAUCGAUUACUUUGGCACAGGAUCAGCCAAUGGAGCCCAGAGCAGGACCACAGGACUGAGAGAGGAGGUGGAGGAGGAUGGAGGAGGAGACGAGGAAUAUGAGGAGGGAAGUGAAGAUGGAGAUUCUGGUGCAGGAGGCAAAAGGAAGCGAAAGGACGAAGAGACAGGCGUGAAUAUGAAGAAGAAGAGAAAGAAGAGAAAGAUGAAAAGAAAUCAGGUGGAGGUGGAAGCUGGAGGCGGACCGCUGAAAGACACAGAGGGAAACGGCAUCACCUGGACGUCCUCAUUGGACAGAAAAAUCCAGAGCCUGCCGAGUGACGAGAAGGAGAAGAACUCUCUGAAGAGGCUGAAGCAUCUUCAUCAGGAAAAGGUGAACCGCAUUCGCUCACAAAACCGUAUAAAUGUCCACGGCUGUGAUGUACCCGACCCUGUGUGCACGUUCGAGGAGCUGCAGUCCGAGUAUCGUCUCAACCCGCGCGUCCUCCAGAACCUCAAAGACGCAGGGCUGAGCUCCCCGACACCGAUACAGAUGCAGGCGAUACCUCUCAUGAUGCACGGUCGGGAGGUCCUGGCCUGUGCCCCCACGGGAUCAGGAAAGACUUUGGCUUUCUGCCUCCCGCUGCUCGCCCGCCUGCAGCAGCCAGCCAACCUGGGUUUCAGAGCUGUGAUCAUCUCUCCGACCAGAGAACUGGCCAGCCAGACCUACAGAGAGCUGCUCCGUCUGUCAGAGGGAGUCGGAUUUAGGGUUCACAUCAUAGACAAAGCUUCUCUGGCAGCCAAGAAAUAUGGACCACAGUCAAAUAAAAAAUAUGAUAUACUCGUCAGCACUCCAAACAGACUCAUCUUCCUUCUCAAGCAGGAUCCUCCAGCUCUCGACCUCAGCAGUGUGGAGUGGCUGGUUGUCGAUGAGUCAGAUAAGCUGUUUGAAGAUGGUAAGACAGGCUUCAGGGAGCAGUUGGCCACAGUGUUUCUGGCCUGCUCCGGUUCAAAGGUGCGCAGGGCUUUCUUCAGCGCCACCUGCACGCCAGAUGUAGAGCAGUGGUGCCGUCUGAACCUUGACAACCUGGUGUCGGUCAACAUUGGACACAGAAAUACAGCUGUUGAGACAGUGGAACAGGAGUUGCUGUUUGUUGGCACAGAGAACGGCAAACUGGUGGCCAUGAGAGACAUCAUCAAAAAAGGUUUUCUGCCUCCCAUGCUGGUGUUUGUUCAGUCUAUAGAGCGAGCGCGGGAGCUUUUCCAUGAGCUGGUGUACGAGGGCAUUAAUGUAGACGUGAUCCACGCAGACCGCACACAGCAGCAGAGGGACAACGUAGUGAACAGUUUCCGCUCCGGUAAGAUUUGGGUGUUGAUUUGCACAGCUCUGCUCGCCAGAGGAAUCGACUUCAAAGGAGUCAACCUUGUGCUGAACUACGACUUCCCCACCAGCGCUGUGGAGUACAUCCAUCGAAUCGGUCGUACUGGCAGAGCUGGACAUCAGGGGAAAGCCAUCACCUUCUUCACAGAAAAUGACAAACCACUGCUGCGCAGCAUUGCUAAUGUCAUAAAACAAGCCGGCUGUCCUGUACCCGAUUACAUGAUUGGCUUCAAGAAGAUACACAGCAAAGUGAAGCGCAGACUUGAGAAGAAACCUCCCAAGAGAAGCACCAUUUGCACAACUCCUCGUUUCUUAAUGAAGAAAAAAGCCAAAGCACAGGGAAAGAAAGGACAGAAACAGGCAGCGAGUGGAGAGCAGGGAGGAGAAAAGAAGACCAAAGGACAGGUACUCAAGAAAAGAAAUAAAACACAGAAAGAAGAGGGAACAGAAAAACAGAAGAAGGCGUCACAGAAGACAGGAUCAAAUUCCUCUGGAGCCAAGUUAAAAAAGAAAAGGGGGAUGAAAAAUAAGCCACAAGAGGAAUAGAGGAAGUGGUACAAGCAGAUUUUUUUUUUUUUUUUUAAACAUCUUGAAAUUUAAUUUACUGCUUAUUUUCUCAUGUGUGCGCUUUGUAUUAUCAGAGUAUAAAAUAAACUGUUUUGUAUAUA